CAUGAUAACAACGCGUGAAUCGGUGCUAAUGCGGUGCGGUUUGAAUCAACACAUGUGACUAUAUAGGGCUUCGUUGCUGCCCGGUGACUUCAUCAUCUGCGGCCGGUCGGUUUGAAUAUUCAUUGAAAAAGCAACGGGGGAGUUUCUCGGGGUUUUUCUUUUUCUUUUUUUUUCUUUUUACGACAGAGCGCGUCCGUCCGUGCGAGCGGUGGGAACGGCAGCAAGAUGGCGGCGCUGAAGGAGGAGCAGUGCUACGGACUGUCCUGUGGAAGAGUGAGCAACGGCAGCAAUGUCUCCGUCUUCCACGUUAAACUCACUGACAGCGCGCUGCGGGCGUUCGAAGGCUUUCAGAGCACCAAGGUUCUGUCAUCGAGGCCAUUGAUCAGAUUUAAUGGAAACCAAGGGAAAAUCUCAAUACCCCGCUCAGAAAAUUCCAGUGAACUGCAGUCGUUUACGUUCUACCUGUCGAAUGUGGGCAGAGAUAACCCGCAGGGCAGCUUCGACUGCAUCCAGCAGUACAUCACAAGUGAAGGGAGCAUUCAGCUGGAUUGUUUGGGUGGGAUCCAGGACAAGAUUACAGUGUGUGCCACGGACGAGUCCUACCAGAAGGCCAGGGAAAACAUGGCCCAGGUCGAGGAGGAGACGCGCAGCCGGAGUGCCAUUGUCAUCAAGCCCGGGAGCAGAUUCCUAGGUAAGAAGGUUCAGAUCCGGAAACCGGCACCUGGCCUGUCGGACGUCGCCCCGUUGCGGAGGACGUCUCGGCCCGUCAUCAUCUCCAGCAGCACGAUAAAGAAGGGCACGCCGCAGCACAGGCCGCUCCGAGAGCGCCUCACGCACCUGCUGGCCCUCAAGCCUUACAAGAAGGCCGAGCUCAUCGUGAGAUUGCAGAAAGAUGGCCUCUUGCCGUUAGACAAGGACUCCCUGGAUAGCUACCUGCAACAGGUGGCGAACCUGAACGGGAAAGACGACACCUUCACAUUGAAGGACAUUUUGUAUAAGGAGAUUCAGAACGACUGGCCCGGCUACACGGAAAAAGACCAGCAGCUUCUCAAGAGAAUCAUGUUCAAGAAACUGAACAGCACCGCCCCUCUGCUGGAGAGCCCCCCCAAAGAGCUGGCCGGCAGCUCGCCGUCUCAGAAACGACCUGCUGCCGACUUCAUCGACCCUCUCGCCAACAAAAAGCCGAGGAUAUCUCAUCUCGCCAGCAAGCUCAACAGCCCCGGUCAAGGGAAGCUCAGCAACGGGCGAGUGGAGGGGGGCAGCGCUCCGGCGGGCGUGGCGGUCAUGUCGGACGCCGCCGUGACGUCCAGCUCGCAGCCGCUCCCGCUGCUCGACAUCCCCCGUCCCUUCGAAGCCCUGUCGGACGUCAGCAACGACUCCAGCCACAACGGGCGGGACUGCGACUCUCAGGAAACGGCGGCGUCCGAGAGGCUCGGCCAGCAGCCGUCGCUGCUCACGGCGCCCGCCGUCGCCGUCGCCGCGUCGUUCCCCGCGCAUAUGGGCACGCUUGUUCCCAAGAGAGACAAGAGUCCGUCGUCUUUGCACAGCAAGUCCAGGAAGAAGUCCAAAAAGCAUAAAGACAAGGAGAAGAGCAAGGACAAGGCGAAAGAAAAGGCCCAAGAGAAGGAGAGGAAGAGUCGUGGGGAUCGUGUGCCUGAGCCCAACCAAGCCUGUGCGCUGAGUCCAGCCAGCCUCAAAAGCAACAGUAUUCCAUACAAAAGCACAGAUCUGAACGGGCUGUGCAACAGUUCCAGUAUUCCUACGUCGUCACCAGAGGUGGCGGGCUAUUUAUUGAAGUACACGGUGAUCGCCUCUCCGGAGCAGCGGCAAAGGUAUAAAAACGAUUUCAACGCCGAGUACAGUGAGUACCGGGGUCUGCACGCCCGGAUAGACGGCAUCACCCGGCAGUUCACUGUGCUCGACAACGAGCUGAAACAGCUCCAUCAAGGCACAGACAAGUACAAGACAAUCCACAAUCAGAUACUUCAAGAGUAUCAUAAAAUAAAAAAGACUAAUCCAAACUAUAGCCAAGAGAAGAACCGCUGUGAAUAUCUACACAACAAACUGGCGUACAUAAAGAGACUCAUUGCCGAGUACGAUCAACAGCAACUUUAAAAGUAGUUUCUAGACAACGUUUCCCUGUUGUCUCUGCAAACCGACCAGAUAAAGAGAAACUCUUCUGCCUGUGCUGAUAAAGUGUUGACAUGAAAGGAGUGUUCCCCCUCAGCGGAGCCAAAGGCUCUGAUGAAGACUCAAGCAGUACACACGAUAUUAAAUUCUUUCCUUUCCUUUUUUGUUGUUUCUUUUUGGAAGAUGGGGUUGUGCCUAGAGGAGCCAGGUCUGUCUGUAGUCCCAAAUACAUCCAGAAAAGAAAAAAAAGAAAAAGCUUCUGCGUGGCUUUAUUUUUAUUUUUUUUCUCAACUGCUUUGUAGUGCUCAGAGGUCCGAACGAGUCAAAACUUGGAAACUUUCCCACUUUCUUGAGCCUUUUCUUUCUUUUCCUGCUUUUGGAACUAGAUGUUUGAGACUGAGAAGUAACCUUCGGAUUGCACGCCAAAUGCAGCUCCUUCAUCAUCGGCUUUUCCCCUCCUACUGAAGUUAUUUCUCCGCUUUUUUUUUUUUAAUUUAUUUUUGACACUUAAUUUGCGGGGAUGAGUCUGUUUUACACUCCUCAGUAUCAGUACCUGAAAGCUGUGUCUCCUCUUUUCUCUUCUCUCACGUUGAAUGUCAGCCAGUAUUUUCAUUCAGAAGCUGCCUUGCCCGUUUCAUUGUCGAUCCGUUGGCGUUGAUCAUUAUUUCUCUCUUUUAAAGAGAAGCGGAUAUUUACUAUUGAUUAAAUCAAGACGAUGCGUUUGAAUGCACACAGUCGGACGCAGGUUUGUGUGCUCGGCUUUUUUCUUUUCUGGGAACCAACCAAACCUGUGCAGAUUUCCUUACAGCUCGGCCCUCGUCACUCGAGCCGCAGUGCUUCUUCAUCCGUUACAGCAGUCGGUCCUAACGUUCCUCAUCAUGUAUCAGUGGAGAACUCCCUUUAGCUCAUAAUUGGUGGUCUUUCCAGUUCGGGUCCUGAUGGCUUGUGUAGCAAUAGAUGAAUUCAAAGUGAUCGGAAGAGUAAAGUGCCAGCGCACCUCUUCUACAUGCUUGAGAAAAUCCUCUAAUUGUAAGAUUAUCCAGACGAGGGAUGCAGAUUUUUUUUUUUUUCUCAUCCUUUAAAUGGACAUUUCAGUUUUUCUUUACAAACAAACCAAUUUAUGUUUAGUUCGGUCUGCUCAUCCAGACGACUGUUAAGACGAAGCCAUCGUUGAUCACCUUUCCGGGCCGAAGCCUCUCGGAGGAGGACGGCGGCGUUCGCCUGCGACCAGUUUUUGCCUUUUUCAAAAGUGAUGUCAGACGUUCACCGAGGUUGACCUGAGAUUCCCCGGACUGGCUCUCCGCGUCGAGGCGGGUUUCUCCAAUAACCAUCUUCGUAUGUGAAUAUGGAAAAAUCAGCACUUUUUCUCCUGAUCUCGCUGUUACCUGGGGAGGGAGGGGGGUGGGUUGUCCAAAUGACACUUUCUUUCCUCUUUGUCCAUCAGAGUGCAUGCUUUAUGAAUGUGUUACAAUAAGUCUUUGUAUCUUUACUUGAAGGAAAAAAAAAAAAAACUGCCCAAGAAUAUGGAAAGCCAA